GUAAGAUUUACUGGAAUCGUCAUCCAUCCAUUUUAUUCUCCCUGUUCCUUCCUUAUUUCUUCCCGUGUUGGUUGUGCACGUGACUGUUCAACAUGUCGUCCCAUUUAAAUUGGAUGAUUAUACGCAAUAACAAUGCGUUCCUCUUGAAAAAACGCAACAUUAACAAACCAUUUUCCACGGAAUCUAACAAUUUGACCAAUCUGAGUAGCUACCGCUAUUCUGGUCUGAUUCACAAAAAGAGUGUUGGUGUUGUUGAUACACCAGACAAGAAAGGAUUCACAGUGGUUUAUAAGAAAGCUAGGGCUGUAAGGAAACCAGCGAAGGCUGCAGUUAGAUGUACCAUGAAAGCUGGAGCUCGCAGAUCUUUGUAUAAGUUGAAACGAUUACUUACGAAGAAUAAGUAUCGUGUAGAUCUUACAAAGGUUGCAUUGCGCCGUGCCAGUGCUGUAUUACGUUCCCAAAAGCCUUUACCAGCUAAGAAACCCCGAGCAACCAAAAAGGCAGAUUAAUUCAUGUAUACUAAUAAACACACAUUUUAAUGUAAA